AUGGCAGGCGGAUCACAGACAGGAGCCAACUGGUUGAACACCCCAGAUGGACGUACAGGCUGGGCGUCGUACUUCCUCAGCCUAGGGUACACAGUCUAUCUGACUGAUCAGCCACAGCGAGGUCGCUCACCUUGGGUUCCUAGCGACGGUACUUUGUCCAUCAGUAACGUGACCUUCGUACAGACCUACUUUACAUCCGGAGAAAAAUUCAACCUGUGGCCGCAGGCUCGUCUUCAUUCCCAGUGGCCAGGCGCAGGUGAACCAGGGGACGCCACAUUUGACGCUUUCUUUGCUGGUGAGAUCCAACAGCAAACCAACACCACCAAGGCUACCGCGAACAACGUCAACGCCUUUGUAGCUCUGCUCGAUAAGAUUGGCGACGCCAUUCUGAUAACACACUCGCAAGCCGGUCCGUACGGGUGGGGCGUCGGCGACCAGCGUCCAGAAAGGGUGAAAGGUGUUAUAGCCAUAGAACCCGAAGGUCCCCCAUUCGAGAACCAGAUCAUCAGAACUGGACCAGCUCGGCCAUACGGAAUAGCGACUCUGCCAUUGACAUACGACCCUCCGGUCACGGAUGUUGCCACAGAGUUGCCCACUAGGCGCAUUAAUUCGACUCGAAGCGAUCGCAGCGAUUGCAUUGUACAGCAAGACCCUGCCAGGCAUUUAAUUAAUUUAGCGAGAUUUCCUGUUCUGCUGUACGUAACGGAAGCCAGCUACCAUGCAUGCUACGAUUAUUGUACUCUGGCUUUCAUGGAACAAGCUGGCAUGCAGGUUGACUAUCUCGACUUGUCCGAGGUCAAGAUCCAUGGUAACGCGCACUUUAGUUUCAUGGAGAAGAACAAUCUCCAGAUCGCUCCUUUGCUGGAUGCUUGGCUGCAGAAAGUCGUAUUUGCGUAG